GAAAACUACGUAGUAUUUCCGAGCCUCGGUGGCCGCUCAGGCUGCCCUUUAAAGAGACGUGUUGGAAGCCGGCCCCGGGGCGGCGGUGGGCAGAGCCGCGACCCGAACGCCCGGAGACCGCACCAGGCAGACGCGGUGGCCGCCUCGCGCUGUCCUCUGACCGCCAGGGGGAGCCCUGCCACGCGCUGCGCUCCAGGCCGCGCCGCCACGCUCUCUCCGCCCGCGCGCCCGCCGCGCACCGCCCGUCGCCACGCCCGCCGCAGGCCAAGGGCCAGUCACUCGCGGGCCGGCGUCCCGAAGGCCAUUCGCGCCCCGCCCCUGCCCCGCCGCGGGACGAGUAACGGUUACGAAGCACUUUCUCGGCUACGAUUUCUGCUUAGUCAUUGUCUUCCAGGAAACAGCUCCCUCAGUUUGGAAUCAGCUCUCCCAAUGCGGCCGCAGUAGCCGGAGCCGGAGCCGCAGCCACCGGUGCCUUCCUUUCCCGCCGCCGCCCAGCCGCUGUCCGGCCUCCCUCGGGCCCCAGCGCAGGCCAGGCUCCAUCCGCGCGGCGCCGGCAGCCUCGCGCUCCCUCUCGGGUCUCUCUCGGGCCUCGGGCACCGCGUCCUGUGGGGCGGCCGUCUGCCUGCCCGCCCGCAGCUCCUUCGCCGCGCGGCCCCUGGGCGGCCGCUGCCAUGGGCACCGACAGCCGCGCGGCCAAGGCGCUCCUGGCGCGGGCCCGCACCCUGCACCUGCAGACGGGGAACCUGCUGAACUGGGGCCGCCUGCGGAAGAAGUGCCCGUCCACGCACAGCGAGGAGCUUCGUGAUUGUAUCCAAAAAACCUUGAAUGAGUGGAGUUCCCAAAUCAACCCAGAUUUGGUCAGGGAGUUUCCAGAUGUCUUGGAAUGCACUGUAUCUCAUGCAGUAGAAAAGAUAAAUCCUGAUGAAAGAGAAGAAAUGAAAGUUUCUGCAAAACUGUUCAUUGUAGGAUCAAACUCUUCAUCAUCAACUAGAAGUGCAGUUGACAUGGCCUGUUCGGUCCUUGGAGUUGCACAGCUGGAUUCUGUGAUCAUUGCUUCGCCUCCUAUUGAAGAUGGAGUUAAUCUUUCUCUGGAGCAUUUACAGCCUUACUGGGAGGAAUUAGAAAACUUAGUUCAGAGCAAAAAGAUUGUUGCCAUAGGUACCUCUGAUCUAGACAAAACACAGUUGGAACAGCUGUAUCAGUGGGCACAGGUAAAACCAAAUAGUAACCAAGUUAAUCUUGCUUCCUGCUGUGUGAUGCCACCAGAUUUGACUGCGUUUGCUAAACAAUUUGAUAUACAGCUGUUGACUCACAAUGAUCCAAAAGAACUGCUUUCUGAAGCAAGUUUCCAAGAAGCUCUUCAGGAAAGCAUUCCUGACAUUCAAGCGCACGAGUGGGUGCCACUGUGGCUACUGCGGUAUUCAGUCAUUGUGAAAAGUAGAGGAAUUAUCAAAUCAAAAGGCUACAUUUUACAAGCUAAAAGAAGGGGUUCUUAACUGACUUAGGAGCAUAACUUACCUGUAAUUUCCUUCGAUAUGAGAGAAAAUUGAGAUGUGUAAAAAUCUAGUUACUGCCUGUAAAUGGUGUCAUUGAGGCAGAUAUUCUUUCGUCAUAUUUGACAGUAUGUUGUCUGUCAAGUUUUAAAUACUUAUCUUGCCUCCAUAUCAAUCCAUUCUCAUGAACCACUGUAUUGCUUUCCUUAAACUAUUGUUUUCUAAUUGAAAUUGUCUAUAAAGAAAAUACUUGCAAUAUUUUUUCCUUUAUUUUUAUGACUAAUAUAAAUCAAGAAAAUUUGUUGCUAGAUAUAUUUUGGCUUAGGUAUCAGGGUAAUGUAUAUACAUAUUUUUUAUUUCCAAAAAAAAUUCAUUAAUUGCUUCUUAACUCUUAUUAUAACCAAGCAAUUUAAUUACAAUUGUUAAAACUGAAAUACUGGAAGAAGAUAUUUUUCCUAUUAUUGAUAAGAUAUAUCAGAGUAACUGGAGUAGCUGGGAUUUAGUAGUGUAAAUAAAAUUCACUCUUCAAUACA